GUAUAUCCUUUAAUUUUCGAGUCAAUUAUAUGGUUUUACCUUAUAACUUCCUUUUAACAUUGGUUUUCAUAAUAAUUUGUUGUUAGAAAUUGACGGAAGAAAACACCAACUUUGUGGCCUAUAUUACGGCUAACACACGUGUGACGACGAAAAAUAAUUUUUGAGUCACGCGAGCUGUAAAUUGUUAUCAUAAUUUAUGUUUUAAUGAUUGUGAACACUUUGUUAAUCAAAUAAUCGUCAAAUUUAAGAUUAUGAUCUCAUUUCUAUAUAUAAGUGGGACAGUGAUUAUGUUCAACGUCAUUUUUAAAUAUUUGCUCAGUGCGCGGUGUUGUAUUGCUUUACAAUAAUUAAACAUGACAUUCACUCAGAGUCAGAACGAUAAGUUUGAUGCUGAAAAUUUGAAAGAUUCAAAAGAAAUAGUUUCUUCAAACACAAAUUACAAGCUGAAGAUUUUCAAUAAUGGUAUGAAUCUUUUGGCUCAUAUCCUUAUUGGAACUGUGGUAGGAACAGCAAUACUAUUUUGCUUUAGAGCUGGUACAAUGGAUGCAACACGGAUCCAUAUUAUUCUAUGUGUGUUAGGGUAUCAGCUACUAAUGAGUCAAGCAAUUUUAAGUUUAUCACCUCACAAUAGCUGGUCUUCAUCACUUAAACUCGUACACAAACGUCGGGCUCAUUGGGUUCUCCAGAUUUUAGGAUCUGGACUAGCAAUUGCUGGCAGUAUCAUCAAAAUUUUAGACAAAACUGUCCACUGGAAUACUCUUCACGGACAAUUUGCUCUUGUAGCCUUGGUCUUCACUGGCGUUUCGUUCAUCAACGGCCUCACAUCUCUCUACGCCUACGAGCUCCGUCGCAUUCUGCCUACAACUCUCUCGAAGAUCACCCACAUUUGCUUCGGAACUGUAGCCUUUGUUGCAGCUUCCACCUGCCUCUGCUAUGGCUUUGAUAAGAUGUUUUUUAGAAAUUGGGCCACUCCCCAGUUGUCUGCCACUCUGAUUGGAUUCACCGCUGCCCUUACUUUCAUUAUUGUAGUUACUCCAGUAUUCAACUUUGCCGAUAAAACCCUAAGAGUAUUCAAGCGGUGAUGUCAAUUUAUUCAUUUAAUUCUAAGUUAAAUUGUAAGAUCAUCACAAGAAUAAAUACAUAUAACUUCUAUAAAUGUUUAAAUUUCUAGAAAAUAUAUGUAUUUAGUCUUCUGUCAUAAGUCUAACUACAAAUUCUGUUGUACAUAUUACAUUCUUUCAUAUUUAAGGUUUGGCGACCCUUCCUUGCCGGAAAGCAUUAGUAGCUAUAUAACAUUUGAUUUUAGAACUAUAUGUACGUUAUUAUCAAUAAAAUAAAGUCAUAUCGCAUCUGCUAUCUAGAUAAAAACUAUUACUAUUGAUAAAGUAAAUGCCUGAUUAGAUAUAGUCUAGACUUGUAUUGCUUGCUGACAAUGUAGUCACGAUACUACUAAUUACAAAUAUUAUGUUAAUAGGUAGGUAUGUGAUUGAUAUUUUGACUAAAUCUCUAUGACAUCACCAUCGUGUACAGUUAGUUAUUAGUUUGUAAAAUAGAACUAAGUUACUCUAGGUGCAGUUUUUGUAUGUAGGUAUGUUUUAGUGACGAAUUACAUACGAGUAUCUUGAGGUCUACGUUUGCAGCAAAAGAUAAUUAAGCUUUCAUUAUUAUUCAUUGUGAUGAUUAAUUUUUAUUUCAAUUUCUGUUUGCAAAUAUUUGUUCUAAAUAACUGUAAGAAAAUAUUUUUAGGUACUUUUAAGAUUUUUUCUAACUACAUAGUUCUGUUAUAGGAACAUAUUUUUUUAAUAAAAAAAUAUAAUACGCUC